AUGGCGACGACCGUCGAAGCUCUCAAGGUUGCGCUGGAGCGCAUCGUACUGGACCCGAGAUAUCAUGAUCUUCUCUCGUUGCUCAAGACUGCCCGCAAUGGCGCCGUCUACGGAACCAAGGUUCGGUUUCCGCAUGCACUGGUGAUGAUCUUCCUUUUCCGAUCUGGAACAUUCCGACAAAAGAUUGCCUUAGUAUUGAGAGCUACCAAAAAGCACGCCACUAACCUGGCCCGAUUUGCGACGAUAUACAAACUGACUCUGCUCGCGUUGAAACACUGGGGGCCGAACCCCGGCAAGGAAGGCAUGUGCCACUUUAUAUUUUGCACUUGGAAGAAGUCCAAAACUAACCUUGAGUGUGCCAAUACAGGUCCCUACGACACCUUCAUCGGAGGCCUUUUGGGCGGCUACAUUGUAUUCGGCCAAAGGUCGAAGCGCAACGGCAAGAUCUCCUCGGUCAGCCAGCAAAUCGUCAUCUACAUCUUUGCACGAGUCGCGCUGGCGCUGGCCCGCAUCGCCGUCAAGCCCGGACACGGAUUCCCCGUCGUCUCGAAAGAGCCUCUACAUUCUCAAAUCAGCUACUACGCCUGGCCGGCCUUUGCCUCCCUCUCCUGGGGCAUGGUCAUGCUGCUGUUCAAGACGCACCCCGAGGAUCUGCAAUCCAGCUUGCGAAGCAGCAUGACGUACAUUUACAAGGACUGUGACGAAUGGGAUGGCCUGAGGACGUUGCUGUGGCAUAACAAAUAG